UUUGGUUCAGUUCAAAAACCCUCUCUCGUUCUCUUCCUCUCUCUCUAGGCAAUUGCUGCUUCAGUUGUAGCAGACUGAAGGAGCUCUUACAUUUUGCCUUUGUUAAAAUUUAUCAAUUCGGUCUGAUUGUUACUUCUGUUCCCUGCGGUUUGCCCAGACAUGGUUGGUCGGAAGUUCGACGAACCGACUGCCUCUAGUAGCCAGAAGGCAUUGGUUCGCUUGGCUUCGAUUGAUCCAAUUGAGCUGUGCAAUGAAGCUAAACUGGAGCGGUGUAGGGCGACUAGGGAUUUGAGAAGCUGUGGACGCUGCGUGCAGAGGGUUCUUAUCUCUUGUGGUCAUGCUGCAUUGUGCGAAGAAUGUAGUCAGAGAUGUGAUUCUUGCCCCAUAUGUAGAAUAGCCUUGCCAAAGGGAGCAAAUGAGCUUCCUCUUCGUCUUUACUAUGAGUGCAUCGAGGGAGGUCUUAUCUCCAAGAGGUGUGAUGACAGGUUGCAAGAUAAAGAAGAUGCUGAGAAUCAACUGAUUGCUGAUGUGCAACGGCUCUAUUCUCUAUUCGAUGUUGCAUUGGAGAACAACCUAGUUUCUCUAAUUUGUCAUUAUGUUACGGAUGUAUGUAUGGAUGAAAGUGCUGUAUCAAGUGAUCCAGUUAUAGCAUUCUUGCUUGAUGAGAAGGUCGUCAAAGACUGGUGCAGGCGGACAUUCAAAAUUAUUUUGACAGAACUGCAGGCAAUAUAUAAUCUUACUGUACUAGAGAUGAAAGGAAAGUUGAGUUUGCUUCUGAAAAUUUCUUUGAAGCUAGCAGGUAUGUCCAAUGUUCUUGAAGUGUUGGAAUCUUCAUUCAGAGGCUCUGCUUCAGCAAUGCUUGUGGACCUGAACCAUCUUCAGGAGAAUAUAGUGAAGACAAAGCAGCACUUGGAUAUCAUGAUGUGGUGCAUUAGACAUCAAUUUCUGGAGAAAGUGAGAUCUAGGUAUUCCGAUUUUGCUUUGUGGCGUUCAUCUGUUCGUGAAAGGAAAUCUGCAGCAAUUAAGCGAGCAUGGCCUGAUCCAGUGAGUCGCAUAUUGGAGUCUAGUGAGCAGAGUGCGUCUAGCCUCUUUAUUGAAGAUGCACUUGCAAAUCUUGAUACAGAGCAAGAAUAUGCUGAAAAAGAUGAAGGUGAAGUAUCAAUUGCAUCGUUGCUGACAGGCGGGGGUGAUUUAUAUUUUCGAUCUAAGUUGCAUGGAAUGCCUGGAUGCUACCCCUUUGAAAAUCUCCGUGCUGCUGUUGACUUGCUCUUUCUACGAGGAAAUUCUGAUUUAGUCAUCGCCAAGCAGGCUAUUUUCUUGUAUUUUCUUUUUGAUCGACACUGGACAAUGCCUGAUGAAGGUUGGCGAUGGAUUGUUGAUGACUUUGCUGUCACAUUCAGUAUAACCAGGCACUCUUUGCUGGAAUCUUUUGUCUUCUAUCUUUUGGAUGACCACACUGAUGAAGCUGUGAAGUUGUAUUGCCAGGAAGCAUCUCGCCUUCUUCCUGAAAUCGCAGGCCCGAACAUUCAUCCUAAGGUUGCACAGGCACUAUUAGAGCGACAAAAUCCUGAUGCAGCUCUUAUGGCUUUGAGGUGGUCAGGACGAGAUGGGGGAGCAACAUUAGUUUCACUUGGGGAAGCCGUCACUGCUGUUCGGGUUCGGGUGGAAUCUGGGCUUCUGACUGAAGCAUUUAUGUACCAGAGAACGAUAUGCUCAAAAGUCAAGGAUAAGAAACUAACUGGCACAUAUGAUGAAAUUAAAGAACAGUCUUGCAAUUGGACACUAUGGUUGGAGGUUCUGGUAACCGAAAUCUGUUGUCUUUGUAUUCGGAGGAACUUGGUCGAUCGGAUGAUUGAAUUGCCGUGGAACUAUGAUGAGGAGAAGCAUCUUCAUAAAUGCUUGUUUGAUUUUGCAACAGAGGAUUGUUCAUCAACAGUCGGAAGUCUUCUUGUGGUUUUCUAUUUACAGCGUUAUCGCUACGUUGACGCAUACCAAGUGGAUUCUAAGCUUCAGAUUCUGGAGGAAGAUUUUAUUUCGAAAAAUCGGAAUGACGAGAUCGCAUAUAAAAUAAGAUCGAUGAGCCACUGGAGAAAGGGAUUAGUUGGCCAAAGUGUGGAUUUGUUGCCUGAUGUCCUCCGGCAACAACUGAAGACCGGAACCUUGCCAGAAGUUGUUUUUACCGGUAACGAAAAUAUUCCAGCAAAACCGGAUAUUCCAAAAGUACAAGAACCAGUGCUCGGAAAGUUGCUAUUUAGAGCUCCACAGGUGCAAUGGGAGGGCAAUGGCUUUUUACAUCCUCAGCUGCAACCAUAAUUGCUAAUUCUGGGAUGUGAAACUUGGCUAAAUACAGAAAUCACUCUUUCUGGCCUGUCUCGUUCUAUCAUUCAAGCUACAAUUGAAAAUAUCAAGUCCGAGCAGAGUUUUGUAGUCGACUGACAUCUGUCUGCCAACAUCUGUAUACUCGUAAGAAAAUGAACACAAACACGGAACACUUGGGUAUAUGAAUAUCCUAACUUACUGUUACUGUGUGCUUUAUGAUGAACUAUUGUGAAUUUUGACUCAUGAAACAUCAGCGUUGAUGAUGGAAUGGACAUCAGCGUUGCGCAAAGUUUAUAUUA